AUGAAAAUGGAAGUUCAAAUUACAUCCAAAGAUACCAUAAAACCAUCCUCUCCAACACCUCCACACCUUAGAAACUACAAGCUCUCACUUCUUGAUCACCUUAUCCCAGCUCCUUAUGCACCAAUUGUGCUCUUCUAUCCCUGCAAUACUGACUAUGUAAUUAGUCUAGACUUGCUAAGACAAUCUCUCUCGAAAACACUAACUCGGUUUUACCCGCUAGCGGGGACGAUGAAAGACGACCUCUCUAUCGAUUGCAAUGAUGAAGGAGCCUAUUAUGUUGAAACAAGAGUGAAUUGUACUCUUGAUCACUUCCUUACCAAGCCUGAUCUCGUGUUGAUUCAUAAGUUCUUUCCAUGUGAUCUAAUAUUGAAGGAAUCUGCAGGGACUUUUGCGAGUAAUUUUCAAGUGAAUGUGUUUGAAUGUGGUGGCAUUGCGAUUGGCAUAUGUAUAUCACACAAGGUGGUCGACGGUGCUGCACUGAGCACCUUCAUCAAGGCAUGGUCUGGCGCUGCCCGUGGAUGCGGUGAAGCAAUAUUGCCUGACUUUGUUGCCAGUUCUCUGUUCCCGACAAGCGAUUUAUGGCUUCGAGACUCGUCGAUCGCCAUGUGGGGUUCAUUGUUCAGACUAGGCAAGUGUAGGACACAAAGAUUUGUGUUUGAUUCCUCGGCGAUAACCGGUCUCAAGGCCAAAGCAAAUCUGAAACUCUGUCCUACUCGUGUCGAGGCAGUCUCGGGUUUCUUGUGGAAGUGUUUGAUGAAUGCCUCUGAGAAAAAACAUGGUUCUCCAAGGCCUUCUUUCUUGACUCACUUAGUGAAUUUGCGCAGAAGAAUAUCACAUCCCACGUUGGAGAAUUCGAUGGGGAACCUCCUCUGGAUAGCAGCCACUCGAUGCGUGGUCGAGCAUAAGCCUGGACUGAAACAUUUUGUUACUGAAGUGAAGGAGGCCACAUCGAAAAUCGACGGUGAGUUUGUCAAGACUCUAAGAAGUGAUGAGGGGAGUUCUGUGAUGUCUGAUUCAUUUAAAGAAAUAGGUGAAUUGGGAAGACAAGGAGUAGAAUGUUUUGGGUUUUCAAGUUGGUGUAAGUUUGGGUUCUAUGAUGCUGAUUUUGGGUGGGGAAAACCUGUCUGGGUCAGCAGCUUUGGCAUGGAUGGUUCGGUAUUCAUCAACUUAAUCAUGUUGAACGAUACAAGGUUUGGCGAUGGAAUUGAAGCUUGGGUGACAUUGGAUGAAGAGGAGAUGAACAUUUUGGAACACAAUCCAGAGCUCGUGGAGUUUGCAUCCUUGGACCCAAGUCCUCUACAUAUUGGUGAGUCCAAGCCAUGCUGUUGAGAAGGCUCAACUUUUCACUUGGAAGCCAAAAAGAACUUGUGAUCUCACUCCUUUGGGCUGUGUCUAGUUCAUCUAGCAUUGUAAUGCUAAUAAGGUGCCCAAUCCGUACUUAUCUUUAGUAUAACUUUUAAGUGCAACUAGUUAUGUAAAUUUGAUGUUAUGGAAAGUAAAUGGUCUCUCAUGAUCUUUU